CCACAUCUUUGCUUCUUCUCCCAAAAUGGCUCCUACAGAUCCCGAAACCUGGACCCAUGGACCCUCCAUCAUCAAGGAGAACGAACUUCGAGAGGUGGCCGCGCUCCUGGGAAAGGGCUUCCGGGUCCACCAUCCCGAUGCCGUUGGGGGGAUUAGUCUAUCCCACAAUCCAAAUCCCCAGAAGUAUAUGGUCAUGCAAUAUCAUUCUGUGGAAAAUGGGUUUAGGUUGCCCCUCCACGGUCUGCUUCGCGAUCUCUACCUCCAUUUCGAAUUUGCUCCGGGUCAAUUGACUGCCAACGCGCACAACCUAUAUCCCCACAACCAUUUCCCAAUUUUUGAAAAGGUCGAGUUCAAGCAUGAGAAAUGGUCACUGAGAUACUUCGUUAUUGAGUUCCCGGCUCACAGCCCCCUUGAUCUACCGGGUGUUGUCCUCCGCCGUUCCAUUUCCCGGACGAAAUUUGCUGCAGCAGAAUUAGCGGAGGGAGUGUACAACACCUUGAGAGAAAAAGAAGGUUUAGUUUCACACCACUCCCUUCAAGAUGCCCAACUGUACAAGAAGGCGGGUUUUUACCACCCCCUAGGUCCUGACCCGUUUCCAUUUGAAUGUGUGCCUUCUCCCGAGAGAUCGAAGGCUCCUUCUUCUGUAGAGUCAAACCCGGCCAUGAGCUCUCCCGGGAAUCAAUUCCAAGGUAACUCCACUGCCUUGGCUAUCCGCAAGCCGACUGUUGCUCUGGAGGCUGUCCCCAUUUCUGCUAUCCCUGGGUUGAGGAGGCCCAUUCCGUCCCAGAAACGGCCACGAGAAGGGGUCAUAGAUGAUGACUUCCUUCCCAAGAAGAGUAAGGGUGGUGGUACUCCUGCUUCGCCCAGCCCCCUGUCUACUUUAGGUAGUCAGAAUACCACCCCCGUUGCUGCACCCGGAGGUUUUGAGCUACCCAACCCGGAUAGCUUGGACCAUCAGGCAGAUGGACUCUCAGACCAAGCACCACUCAACAAGCCAGUGGCGCAGUCUCAGCCUGAGGCAAACAAUACCUCCCCACAAACUGCAACUGCUCCCCCAGAAGUGGAGGAAGAAAUUGAGGGGCAGAAAGAACCAGAGAUUUCUUCUGCGACGGAGAAGGAGGUUGACGCGCAGACGGAACUAGAAACUCCCCCCUUGAAGGAGAUUGAGGUCGAAGAGCAGAGGGCUACGGGAGCUCUUCCAAAAAUGACAAGAAAGCCCGAGAAACAAUCAGAGCCGGAAGGACAGUGCUCUACUCCCACACCUCCAGCCUUCAAUGUCCCCAUCCGGCGUAAGUUCACACCGCAAACUUAUCCCGCUUUCAAGGAAGGAUGGGCUGGGUUCUCUCGCGGUUUGAUCUCUAUGCAGGCCUCCCAUGGGACCAUUCAAGCAAAUCUGGAGAAGAUGAAGGAGUCGUUAAAGGAGCCCACAAUCCCUCAGGCUCGUCUCGACCUGCUUGCCCUCAAUGCUCUUUACUCCAUGGAGCAGGCCCAACAAUCACUCCUCACCCUCACUGAGGAGUACCUGGGUGGAGCAUUAGGGAACUACCGGGCCGUGGUGGCCCUGAAGGAGAAGGAGUUGGCGGCCAGGGCUCUGCAACAGAAAGUUGAUUCUCUAGAGCAACUAGCUCAGGCCCUUCGAGAAGAAAAUGCUCGGCUCAAGGAAAAUAGCUCUACAGAACUAGCAACUGAAAGGUCCAGAGUCCAGUCCCUUCAAGAGCAAAUUGCUGCUUAUAAAAGGGGGACUCAAGAUCUGGAAAUGCAGUUCGACAGAUUCCGGGAACAAAUCUCCAUUCUGGAAUCAAAGGCCUCAGCUUCAGAAGACAAAGUGGGAAGUCUGGAAGCUGAAUUGAUGGAAGCGAGACGACUCGCCCUCGAGAAGUUGAAGGAAGAGAGACAGACUGCAAGCGAGCUCCGGUCAAAGAAGGAUGAACUGGAGAAGGCUAUCGCUGCCCAUCAAGAGGAGGUUGUCACCCUGUCUGCCCGUGCUGAAGCCCUUUAUGAAGAAGGGAAAUUUGACAUGCAACACUGCAUUUAUGAGGCGAUCCGGAGUGGUCUUCCAGCUCACCGAUCCUUGGAUGAUUUCAUCUCAUACUACGGGUUACCUCUUCCUCUUUCUCCCCCGGAUUCUCGUGUGGACCCGGGGUCUUGACUUUAUCUUUCUCUGUUGACUGUUGUAUUUCGCUUUGUAACAUUUAGAUGGCUGUAACUUGAUAACGCUUGAUGUAUUUCCGUCUUCACAGACUCCUUUUAUUAAGCUAACUGUUCUCCUUUUGGGAUUCUUGCUCCGCCCUAGGACUUAGCAGUUUUUUUUUAUCCGCCUAGGCUUUGGGCUUAACUGCAUU